UAACUAAAAGUCAUUUUACCACCAGAUCUCACCAGCUAUCCCUCCUCCAAAAGCUCGAGCUCCGCCCCCAAGGAGCCGGCCCCCAAAGCCACCCCCGCGGGCUCGCGCUUACGCUUUCCGGGCGGCGCGCGACGCGCUCGCUCCGCCCCACCAGCCCCGCCCCCUGGCCCCCUCUCCCUCUCUGGAGAGCCGGCGCGUACGAAUCGGGGCGUGAGGCGUCAGGGACGCGCGGGCACCUCAUCCUUCCCACCUUCCUACACUGUUGCUACUUUUCGCUGUGAGACAUUCCAGCUUCUCUUCCCCUUCCGUGAGUCCCUCCUUCCCUCUCCUCAGAGACCCCGCUCGCCCCACAGGCGGCCGCCGCCGCAGCUCUCGCGCCCCCGAGCGAACAGUGCGCGUGCGCGCGCGCGGACGCGCGGCCGUCGGGUCCCCGCGCUCCCUCCCCCUCCCGCUCCUCUAUAACUUGGUUGGCGUGAAGGAGGCGCCGCCGGAGUCGGAGGGCGGGGAGCUCGGAGGAGGGAGCUCGAGAGUUGUGGAGUCUAGUGACUGGAAGAAGUCGCAGCCUGCUUUGGUCGGCUCCUUCCCGCUCCCCGUCUUUCUCUCUUACACACCUACUCCGCCUCCUGCCCCAGCCCGCGACCUCGCUCCUUCUCUCGCCCGGGGGCCCCAGCCGGUCGCUCUUCGGGUUUCGGCGCGGCGGGGGCGCCCACGGGGUGCCCUCGCCCUCCGGGUGCGUGUGGACGGGCGGCGGGCGGGAUGUGGCGCCUGGUGCCCCCGAAGCUGGGCCGCCUGUCCCGCUCGCUGAAGCUGGCGGCGCUGGGCAGCCUGUUGGUGCUGAUGGUGCUGCACUCGCCGUCGCUGCUCGCCUCCUGGCAGCGCAACGAGCUGGCCGACCGGCGCUUCCUGCAGCUCAAUAAGUGCCCGGCGUGCUUCGGCACGAGCUGGUGCCGCCGCUUCCUCAACGGACAGGUGGUGUUCGAGGCGUGGGGCCGCUUGCGCCUGCUGGACUUCCUCAACGUGAAGAACGUCUACUUCGCGCAGUACGGCGAGCCCCGCGAGGGCGGCCGCCGCCGAGUGGUGCUCAAGCGCCUCGGCUCGCAGCGCGAGCUGGCGCAGCUCGACCAGAGCAUCUGCAAACGGGCCACCGGCCGACCCCGCUGCGACCUGCUCCAGGCCAUGCCCCGCACCGAGUUCGCGCGCCUCAACGGCGACGUGCGGCUGCUCACGCCGGAGGCGGUGGAGGGCUGGUCCGACCUGGUGCACUGCCCCUCGCAGCGCCUGCUCGAUCGCCUGGUGCGCCGCUACGCGGAGACCAAGGACUCGGGCAGCUUCCUGCUGCGCAACCUCAAGGACUCGGAGCGUAUGCAACUGCUGCUGACCCUGGCCUUCAACCCCGAGCCGCUGGUGCUACAGAGUUUUCCAUCUGAUGAAGGUUGGCCAUUUGCAAAAUAUCUUGGAGCUUGUGGAAGAAUGGUGGCUGUAAAUUACGUUGGAGAAGAACUGUGGAGUUACUUUAAUGCACCAUGGGAGAAACGAGUUGACCUCGCUUGGCAAUUGAUGGAAAUAGCUGAGCAGCUUACAAACAAUGACUUUGAAUUUGCACUCUACCUCCUGGACGUCAGCUUUGACAAUUUUGCAGUUGGUCCUAGAGAUGGGAAGGUAAUCAUUGUGGAUGCUGAAAAUGUUUUGGUUGCCGACAAAAGGUUAAUUAGACAAAAUAAACCUGAAAAUUGGGAUGUAUGGUAUGAAAGCAAAUUUGAUGACUGUGAUAAGGAGGCUUGCUUAUCAUUUUCGAAAGAAAUUCUUUGUGCUCGUGCAACUGUGGACCACAAUUAUUAUGCUGUUUGUCAGAACCUCUUAUCCAGACAUGCCACCUGGCGUGGCACUUCUGGAGGACUCCUUCAUGAUCCACCAAGUGAAAUUGCCAAAGAUGGCCGACUAGAGGCCUUGCUGGAUGAGUGUGCCAACCCAAAGAAACGCUAUGGCAGAUUCCAAGCUGCAAAAGAGCUGCGUGAAUAUCUAGCACAAUUAAGUAACAAUGUGAGGUAGUCUAUGCUGAACUUUCCUUUUUUCCAUUUAAAUAGCACUGGCUGAAACUAAACCACCAAAAACUAUAUGGCAAAAUGAAAUUUGGAAGUAAUACAUUCAGAAGAUGAUAAAGUUGCACUGAUAGAUCUUAUGUUAACAUCAAAAUAAGACAUUACUUCAAAAAUUACAUGACGCUUCUGCAAAUAAGUUUGUUCUUACACUUUGGAGACUUGAGCUAUCAUUGACUGCUUCGCUCCCCUGAAUGCCUGAGUGGAUUAAUGAAUAUCGUGAAGCUAUUGGAAAUGAGUCUGAUAGUUACUUUGGCUUGUGUAUCAAAGGGUACUUGGUAUUUGACUUAGUUUGCAUUACUAUCAUGAUUUUGUGAAUCUCUUGCAUUUACUUUGAAUGUCAAGUUAGAUUGGCCUGUUUUAUAGGCCACUUUUUCCUUCUGAUGUGUAGGUGUUCCCCACCCCCAUUUUUAUGUUUUUUAUUAAAUUUUACACAUUCAGGUUACUCUAGUUGUUUAUUUAAAUUUGAACUAGUUUUUGUUCAGUGCUAUGCGGUACACAUUUACUGUUAGGGCAAGAUUCCCAAGUUUACUGUUUUUUCAGAGCUGAAUAUUUUAUUGUGUAAAUACUUUUCUCUCCACAUUCUGUGGUUUCACCAUUGCAUGAAAUCAUUUAAGAUUAUUUAACAGUUACAUCCCUCUAUGCCUAUAAGUGUACACUAAACAUGAAGUUUGGCAUAUGUUGCAAAAUGUCAUCUUGUCCUUUAAAAGGCUUUAAGAAGAGUAUGCUAGCAAUCUUCACCUUAACAUUAAUUUUGAUUGAGGGAAAAAAACAACACAGUAUUUUUUAAAUGCUAACUAGUCCAAGAUAGUAAUGCAUAUGCCAAAGAAAUGUUAGAUCUAGUAUCAUGGUUAGAUUUUAAAAUUGGUCACCUACUACUACUUCUUAUCACACUUUCAAUAAUAGAACUCUGUCACUGUUACAUUCAGAUCUCCCUGGUUAUUCUUUUAUGUUCAAAAGUUAAGCUGCUUCCAAGCAUAUGUGACUUAAAGAUAUCCUACCUUAUAUUCAUUGGUAGUUUCGCAGACAUUAACAUGGUAGUCAUCAUCUUAGUUUAAUUGGGCGUUAUAACAUUAUUUACUGAUGGACUAGUAAUUUUUAUUGAAAAGCAUAGUUUAGCCAGUCUGCCCAACUUGGUCUCCAUUACCCCAUUGUUAAUCAAAUUUAAGUAUGUGGAUAAAAAAUUAAUGUGUGAAAUUUGUGGGCUAUUCUAAAAAGUUACAAUAUGUAAAUUGACUAUCACUGACCUAGGUGAUCCUUUUUUUGUUUAUUUGUUUAGAAUUAUUGCUUUAGCUUACAGCAAAGUUUGGUGUAGUGUGCAGUAGUAUUUAGUUCUAGACUGACCUUAUUCUAAAUCAGAAAGUGAUUAAAAUGUGCACAACCAAAGCCAAGUUUUUCUUUUCUUUUUCAUUCUUUCGGCAACUAUUUAUUGACCAUCAACUCUGUGCCAGGCACAUUACUAGCUGCUACACACUGUCUGAACAUGACAUAUGGUUAAGUAACUUUACAAUGAUUAUCAAAUACUUUAAUGUAGAUAUUUAAGUUGAAAUAGCAUUGAGAUAAGAUGGUGCAUUCAUGUUAUUUUACUGUUGUGAUAGAAAUUCUGCUUGUACCAUCUAUAACUGGGUUGCUACAAAAAAGCAUGAUGAAAUCAAUAAUGUUAAUCCCAGUAUAAAAACUGGGAGAAGGGUAAGGUCUCUCCAUUAUAAAAUAGAUUGCAUUAUGUCAAUUUUUAUACAUCCAUAUAUUACAGGUAUCAACUGGCCCUCAAAGAAACAUUUAAGUGCUAGAAAUUUUACUAAGCUGACUUUUUACAACUUCAGGAAACUUUUGAGGGGAGUAGGUAAAAUGAUUUGUCAAACAUUCUCCACUUACUCAGAACUUAAAUAAAGUACACAUUUUCAAAACAGCACCUUUUAUAUUUGAUAAGUGUUCAUUACAAACUUUAGAAUGCCAGUCACAGAGGGUUGUCUUCAUGUGGCUUAGCAAACGUUCAUGUUACUUUGGAAAAGUGAUUGUGAUUGCAGAACAGGAAGUGAGAAAACACUGCCAGCAGUGAUUGCUACUGGAGGUAGUUGUUACAACUACCAUUUCCCCCAUGAGAUUAUGUGGAAAGAUUGAGAAGAUAGUAAAAGAAUUAGGAAUUUUAAAUUACAGGGAAAAAUAUGUAUGUGAAAAGCAAUAAAUAUUUUGUUCACUUUGCUAUCAAGAUGUUCACUAUCAGAUAUUUAUUAUACAGCAGCAAUUUAUAUUUUUAAUCAUUGCCCAUUAAUAGACACAGUAAAAUAUUUUUGAAUCAGACAUUUGGGGUUUGUAUGUGCAUUAAAAUUGUCUUUUGUACUGUAAGUUACUGUUUAAUUUGAAUAUUUUAUCAGAACUGUCUCCCUGUGCCUUUAUAAUAAUAAAGUUGUUUCUACAACUUUUAAUGAUCUUAAUAAAGAAUACUUUAAGAAUCA